CUCAAAUAAAUAAAUAAAAUCUUUAAAAACAAAAAACAAAAAAAAAAAACUACUCUUUUCAUUGCUUUUAAAUGUGGGUUCUGCUCACAUAAACACAGGUUCCAUUUCUUUUUGUAACACAUCUAAGAGACUCAAGCUUCACAUCAGCAUGUGCUGACCCCUGUAUGUAUGCAGCGUCGGCAUGCCCCGAACCCCACUGUUGAGGGCUGCCUGUGGGCUCACUGUGGAAGUUUCUAAGGAAGUGCCAGGGAUAUUGAGUCCAAGUUUCUGCUUCUGCUGUGACCCAAUGAAACAUUUCCUCCUGAGAUACUGACGCUCUGCAUGUCUCUUAGGCUGGAGAAUUGGGAAGGGAGAAGGUUACGCUGAUCUGGAAUAUGCCAUGAUGGUGUCGAUGGGAGCAGUCAGCCAGGGGACGCCCGUGGUCACCAUCGUCCAUGACUGCCAGGUCAUCGACAUACCUGAAGCGCUGCUUGAGGACCACGACCUAACAGUGGACUACAUUCUCACUCCGACGAGAGUCAUUGCUACGGGGUGCGAGCGCCCAAAACCAACGGGAAUCUUGUGGUCCAAGUCUCCAGGCACAGGCCCAAGAAUCUCCUUUGCAAACCUGUGGGAUUCUGAUAAGCAGCCAGGUUCAAGAUCUUCUGCUGCAAGACACCAGUUCUAGAUGGCAGAAGGAACAGUCCACUCAGAGGGCCAAUGCCUUGACACCCUGUUUGCCAGCGGGUUUCAUCUCUGAGAGCUGUGUCCCACCAUCCUGGCCACGACAACGUACUGUCUCAUCAGCUUUUCUGUUCUAAGUCCAACUUGUCUUGCUGUGACCUGGGUCUCCAAGCAGUACCCACAGCCUUCAUUAGCUGAUGCCUUUGUGACCCCUAUCUGCAAAACAGUCAGCAGUACACGUUACAUUAGUCUGCAGAAGGAGUUCGAUCCCAGAGGCCAGCCUAUAGGUUAUGAUCCCGCCCGCUGGCAAGCAGCCAGAGUUACUGAGGAAACAGGGAGAGUUGUGCUUCGUUUGGAUUGAAGCUGUUGUUCCAUGUCUUCCGUUCCUUAAACCUGAAUCAUCAGAGUUGGAUAGCAGCCUUCCCUUGGGCAUGGAAAACCAAUAACAUCCAACUCCAAGGUUGACACCAAGAUGGAACACUGCGGCACAGUGGGCCUUUCCCACAAACACCACAGCAAGGCGGUUUGGACCCCCUGGGGCCUGUGCUCCUCCUAGGUUAGCCCCAAUAAAAACGGAGAGGAGGAGCACGCAUGACCCAGAAGCGAGCGGAUGGGUCUCUCCGGGUGCAGGCCCAGUGCCAUGGGGAAGGCAUUGGCAUCCUUUUUGAAUAUUCAGAUAUCCCUUGGUGUCUUUCGUAAGCACUUGGGUUUACCUUGGAAGUCGGGUCCACAGCUUCUCCUUAAGUGAAUGCUGCUACGUGGGUCACAGGAGCGAGGUGGCAUUUGCUCACAGCUGAGGGGAUGGGCCUGGGGAGGCUGCACAAGGGGCUAGUCACGGUGAGGCUGCAGGUCCCCCAGAGGCCAGCACUUCAUAGACGAGGGCCGACUGCAGCCCACCUUAGGAAGAUUCCGGGUGGUCUCUCCAGGAAGAGGGAGAGAGGUGUUUUGCUUUGGGGAAUAGCCAGUUACCUCCCACUGAUUUUAACAAAAAUACAAGAAUAGCAACAGAUGAUGUUAUU